CUGUAAGCCGUCUAGUAGCCCUUUUAAACCCAACAAACCGAAGGUGAAGCAGCAGUUACGAGGUUCUUGUUCCAAGGUGUGUGAGGCCAAGAUGAGCACCACGGAGACUCUGCCGGUGAACAAGGUGGUGGUGCACCCACUGGUGCUGCUCAGUGUGGUGGACCACUUCACCAGGAUGUCUAAAAUAGGCAGCACCAAGCGUGUGGUGGGAGUCCUACUGGGCUCUUGGAGGUCCAGGGGCGUCCUUGAUGUUUCUAACUCUUAUGCUGUUCCUUUCGAUGAAGAUGAGAAGGAUAAGUCAGUUUGGUUCCUAGACCAUGACUACUUGGAGAAUAAAUACAAUAUGUUUAAAAAGGUUAAUGCUCGUGAGAAGAUUGUCGGCUGGUACCACACAGGCCCUAAGCUGUGCCAAAAUGAUAUUGCCAUCAAUGAUUUGGUCAAGAGACAUUGUGGUAAUUCAGUGUUAGUGAUCAUUGAUGCCCAUGCAUCAAAUAUUGGACUUCCCACAGAAGCAUAUUAUAGUGUGGAGGAAGUUCACGAUGAUGGUACACCUACAAGUAAAACAUUUGAGCACGUGGCAAGUGAAAUUGGUGCGGAGGAAGCUGAAGAAGUUGGAGUGGAGCAUCUGCUUAGAGAUAUUAAGGACACAGUGGUGGGAUCCCUGGGCCAGCGCAUCACCACACAACUCCUAGGUCUUCGUGGUCUACAUAAACAGCUGAGUGAAGUGGCCAACUACCUCCAUCAGGUUGUUGAUGGAAUGUUACCUGUAAACCACACCAUAGUCUAUCACCUUCAGGACAUGUUCAACCUGCUGCCAGACGUGACCAAUCCUGCGCUAGUAAAAUCACUCUACGUCAAAACCAACGACCAGAUGCUGGUGGUGUACUUGGCGUCUCUCAUCCGCUCGGUCAUUGCCCUUCAUAACCUCAUCAACAAUAAGCUGGCCAACACUGAUGCUGAGAAGAAGGAGGGCAAGGAUAAGGACAAGGACAAGGAUAAGGACAAGGACAAGGAUAAGGACAAGGACAAGAAAGAUGGAGAAAAGGAGAAAAAAGAUGAUUCAAAAGAUGACAAGAAGAGUGAUGAGAAAAAGUAAAUACUAGAAUAAAUUCCAGUAGCUAAGGUAUAAUAUUAAUUAUACAUUGAAAUGUUCCCCAUAAGGAGUGAGCCGAACUGCUUCGACUAGUCUUGUGAUCGAGUACAAUAUUAAAUAUUUUAACACAA